UGCAUCAUGCACCUAGAAGUGCUUGGAAUAGUGGAAUAAAAUACCUGUGCAGCUUGUCUACUACUCGCGAAUAAGUUUUCUGCUAGUAUGUGUUCUGAAACAACACUACAAAGUCCACAUACAAUAUCGGAAAAUUAUGUAAUCAGUCAACCAACAUUAUAGAUCCAAUAGAAUUCUGCCAUUAAUAGUUUAUGCCAUCGGUAGAAUGAUUUUACAUGUGAAUUGUGAUCUGAAUCGAAUCUUUAUUCCAUAGCGAUAGCCAUGUGUGAUAUUGAACCGAAUUUUAAGUGCAAUAUAGUUAUUAUAUUUUCCGAAAAUUAACGCAUAACGAGUGAUGGGAACAAUCAUAUGUGGAAAGUGCCACCAUUUUUAACAAGUGCUUUGAGGGAAGAAAUGUAUCACUAAAAUGAAUAUUGAAUCUCUGCUGAAGGCAUGUGCCCUGAGGAUGGAAUACUAAAAUAUCGAUUAGUUUUGACGGAUGGAGUUUACCAGAGACGAUGAUUACUGCGAUGAAUACGUUACGCAGAAAAUUUAAGCGAUUCGCGGUUCAAGAUUAGUUUUCCUAGUCAUUGGGGGGUCGGGCGCCUGCCUGUACCCCCCACCACUGAGAUUCUAGCCACAAUUAGUAUGUUCGAACAAAUCAAAACCGAACCAAUGGGAUUCUACACCGCUUAUCCGCCGCCCCAGGUUGCCCAAACGCCGAUCACAACUUCCGCAGAUACUCGACCCGAUCAAAACCACCAGCAGCAAACGGUGAUUACUGUGAAUGAAUCCAAGCCUCCAAUAAACAAUACCGGCAUCAAUGUAACGAGCAACAGCAACAGUCAGAAUGCACCUAUUGUGUCAACCCAAACACUAAAUAGCCAUUCCACUGCACCAAGUAAAAGUAAACAGCAAACUUGCAAAAUUUGCGGUAAAACCUUAUCUUCCCCAAGUAGCUACUACGUACACAUGAAACUUCAUUCGGGAACGAAGCCGUUUGCAUGUACUGUAUGUGAAGCUGCAUUUUGCCGAAAACCAUAUUUGGAGGUUCAUAUGAGGACACACACGGGUGAGCGACCCUUCUCAUGUGACGUUUGUUUGAAACGCUUCAGCCAAAAAUCGUCAUUGAACACACAUAAAAAGAUCCAUAUGAGAUUUUGGAGCAUUCAUAAACCGUUCCAGUGUAAUCAGUGUAGCGCAUCGUUUGGCCGCAAACCAUACUUAGAAAUUCACCUUCGAACACACUCCGGCGAGCGCCCUUUCGCUUGCGACCGGGAAGGUUGCGAUAAAAGGUUUUCCCAGAAAUCAACGCUGAACAUUCACAAACGAGUACAUGAUCCUGACCACAGACCUUUCACAUGUGAACACUGUCCAGCAACAUUUUGUCGGAAGCCUUAUCUUGAUAUUCACAUACGGUCACAUACAGGAGAGAGACCUUUUGAGUGUGCCACGUGCCUGAAACGGUUUUCUCAGCGAUCGACCUUGAAUAUUCACAAACGGAUCCAUACAGGUGAGCGGCCAUAUGCAUGCGAUAUAUGCAACAAAACGUUUGCGGUCAAGAGCUACGUCACAGCUCACCGUUGGUCUCACGUGUCCGAGAAACCGCUGAAUUGCGAUCGUUGUUCUAUGACGUUCACCAGUAAGUCCCAGUUCGCAAUUCAUAUCCGCACACACUCUGGUGGACAGAACUUCGAGUGUCGCCUGUGCGGACGGGCGUUUAUCCGAGAAAGUUAUCUGAUACGGCACAACAACCGUGUGCACCGGGAGAAUCGGAUAAACUCGACUCACGUGGACGCCACCAUCAACAGCGUGGCCUUAGGGGAAGUUGUGCCAUCACAUCUCAGCUCUAACGAUCGUGGAAGUAACAGCGUACCUGUCGAUACCUCCAAUGACCAAAAUAAUACGCAGAUGCCACUGCAACAAAGGGAACCAUUUAGCGGUGUGAUAACGCAACCGUGUAAUUUUAGGUAUGUUCCUGAGCUUCACAUGACCGAAUCGAUUUCAUCAGUAUCCCAUAUCUCGUCUCCGGAUAUCAGCAAUAGUCACAAUUUGUCGCCUGGUAUGCCUAAUACUAGUCAAGAGCAUCAACGUACUAGUAUGAUCAUCCAUCAAGCCGGUUCCAGCGGGGUUCAUAUAAAUGAUGGCGGUCUUUCAGGAAUCGGACAAAUACGGUUAGUACAGGAUCUAAAUGAUCGCGACCGCAUGGUUGAAAUGGAGCGAGUUUUGCAACACGAACGCCCGGAUCACCAUGAAUCACGUAACUUGGCCGAACGUUUCAUUCAGAACGCUGAACGUAUGGCACAAGAACAUGCUGCUGCAAUGCAACAGCAACAACAGCAGCAGCAACAACAACAACAGCAGCAGCAGCAGCAGCAACAACAACAUCAACAACAACCGCAACAUCAGCAAGAACAUCAACAUCAGGGUAUGAUGUCUCCAGUGCACCGCAUAGUGCCCGAUAAAACCAGUAUUCCCAGUUUACUAGAACCGAAACAUGAAUAGACACUUGAAUACUACACACUUUACCGUAUCACAUUGUGGAAUAACUUACCAAAAGGAUACAAAAAAAGCUGUACAAUUAUUAUUAAUCAAGUAUACCAACUAGUAGAACCUUAUUAGAAAUAUUUUAGUAUCGAUCUCGGAAAGUGAGUUUUUGUAACACUGGCCGACAAAUAUCAGACAAGCGGUGUGCACAAGGAACACAGAAUAAUAGCGCGAUUUAUGACAUAUAUUAAAUACUACUAAAUACACCACGCAUUACAGUAAAACCAAACUAUUCAUAAAAAUAAACCACAUUAAUCAUUAAUUAGUGAUAUAAUUAAUACUACCAAACAUAAUACCAAAACUUUUUAUACAUGCAAAUCGAAGGCAGCGCCAUUGGUAUUAGAAAAAUGUGUUUUUAGUUUAUGUUCAAAUAAUACUAACGAUAAUAGUGAACUACACGUAUAAGCAUAUAGUAUUCCUUGAAAAUGAAUGCAAAAUUUCUCCCUGACUAGUAUGUAAAGGAGAGUGGUUUAACAUAUUAAUAAUUGAAUAGACACCACAAAAGCUUCCUAGAGUAGUCAUUUCCAAAAUGAUGUGAUCCGUAGCUGCCUUCGGCGUCUUUAUUAUUUCGGUAUAUAAAAUAAAUUACUAAAACAAAAUCCAAAUAAGAAAUACACAAUUGUGAAGAACACGCCCGAUUGUAAUGUUAGUAGUUAAUAAUGAAAUAUAUUUAUUUUAUUUAACGGAA